CAAUAUAUCAAUAGUCAUUCAUCAUACUUAGACAACACACACUACACACACUAAACACAACACCACUUGUUCCUUUCUCUCAAGAACUAUGGCUUCUACUCAUCUAACAUACACCGGUGAAGAAGGAAGCAGCCUCCACUCCACACCGAUAUUCCGGCCAUCGUCGGCCCGUCGGACGCCCUCGUUCUCAUCAGUCUCGCCGUCGGAUUCUUGUGACUCUUCCUUUGGAUCAUUGACAUUCUCCUUGGCUGAGGAAUUCCCUCCAUUUAGUCCAAUUAGCACACCUCUCAAGUUCAAAGGAAUCCCAUUCUCUUGGGAGAAGCUCCCCGGAAUCCCCAAGAACCAAUUAGGCCCAAAGAAGAAGGCAUGUUCCGAGCAUCUCCUCCCACCACCGCCGGCCGGAACCACCAACUCCGCCGCCAAGAAACUGCUCCACCAAGAAGAGAUCUCCCCCAAGAAGAGCAAUAGGUUUGUUCAAAGGGAUCCAUUCUUUGCAGCACUGGUGGAAUGUUCCAAGGAUGAUCAUGAUGAGGAGGAGGAGCAUGAUCAUCAUCAUCAUGGCAGCUCAUCCAAGAUCACAAGGACUUUGAGUGAUAGGUUUGGAUUCAUAAGCAUGUAUGCUUCUUGCAAGAGGACAUGUGCGGUGUCGGAAUCUCUUGUCUACCUCCCAAGACCAAGCCCUCAUUACCUUCUUAAUCGUCGUUCGAGCUAAGUGAACCGUUCCUAUGCCUGAAUUAUGAUCAAAUCCAGCUGCAUUAUCUAUAGAUGUAAGAAUUUUACUACUCGAAUAUCAAUCAUGUCUUCAUGUUGUUACCAAAGUUUUUAUUAAAUUUCGACCUGGGUUUUUUUUUUUUU